UAUUUCGCGAUCUCCACCUCACGUUCUCUCAAAGCUCACAGAACCUCAGCAAACCGCAGCAGACGUUCCUCACGUUCCAAAUCAAGACUAUGCUACUCAACACCAACGCCCUCCUGGUCUUCGUACUCACAACCUGUGCAGCUGCACCCGGCGCGCUCGCAGACUACCCGACUUCAUGGGCGAGAGCCGACAUCGUCGACACGGACGUCUACGCUCGCUCGUUCUCCGGCCUCGCGCCCUACGGAGACUACGUCAGGCGGACGGCUCCGCCGCCGUACAGCCGCCACAACCUCCAAGGCCACAGCCGCCAGGACAGCCCUCGUCCCCCACCGCAAUAUCUGGGGGGCACGAAGCCUUCAACGCGGGGCCACGGAGCGAACCUCCCGGCUGUGAAAGAACAGAGUCCGGACGGCACGAAGCCUUCGAAUCGGGGCAGGUCGAAGGCCCCGACUGGGGAACGGACGCACCAUGGUAAGAGGGCGAUGCGGGACCUUGGCGACUGGGAUCUGGAGUGAGAAAACAUGAUAAUCGAGCAGUUCGAAAUCGUAUACAUUGUGCUGGUC